AUGGGUUGUCUUCAUUUGAUCCACAUUGUCGUCGUUGGUUUAGACGAUCCAUACCUACAGAGAGAAGGUGAUGGUGGGCUCACGAAGUGGGAAAGGUCGUUUUCUACCACAAAUGAUGGCUUGUUCGUUCGUGUGCGGAGUGAUUUCAGGGAGUUUCAAGCACAGACCAUGCCCGCCCAGUUUAUCAACGCCAAACUGGCCAGGCGCGCAGGGGAGGCAGCCCCCAAACAAGUUCUCCUCUGGCAGAAAACCGCCGCGGUGAAAAAGGAUGACGAACCCGAUCCCCGUAAGAGAUUGCAGCAGGCCAAAUGGAAGUUGCAACAGAGCGUGCCAAGCGAUGUCCUAGACCAGCUUGGCAAAACUUAUGGCAUUUCAUGGGAGAUCAUUACUCACCCACGAAGACCACAAGCUGGUGUGAAAAUUACGCCAGAUUUGAAUUUGAACUGCACAAAGUUUCAGGAAGGCGUGCAAGCAAUGCGUGAGGUAGUGGCGCGUCGGUACAGCAUGAAGAGCCAGAAGACCGGCAUUCAAAAGAAAACUGUCUUGAGUGUGCAGUCGCCGCUCGAGAUGUCAGUGCAAGAGAAGCGUGCGGCAGAGAAGCAGAAGUCCAUGGCCAAGAAAGAUCGUGACAUACACCGACGCCGGUAG